UUACUGUAAUAUAUAUAUAUAUAUAUAUGUAUGUAUGUUUAUGCUUUUACUUAAAAGCAAAUUCAGCCUUAAUCCACUCUUCACGUUUCAUUGCUUCCAUUUCCACCCUUUUUUUCAGUGGGGAUUUCAACCGUUGAGGGAGUCCCUUCUACUUUUCCCCUUUUCUUUGAUUCUUCCUUUAUUAACCUUCAUUUUUUCGAGGACGAACAGCUACCUAAUGGGUUCAUCCACAAAUGCUCCAAAAAUGGUCAUCCUGCUCUAUCUCUGUCUUCUUCUUCUUGCAGUAAUACGUUCAUCUGUUUCUUCCAAGUUGUAUGUGGUGUAUAUGGGCAGCAGAGGCCGAGAUGGACCUGACGAGAUUUUGAGGCAAAACCAUCAAAUGCUUACUGCUCUUCACAGGGGGAGUGUCGAGCAGGCCAGGGCUUCUCAUGUAUACAGCUACAGGCAUGGUUUCAGAGGAUUUGCUGCCAUGUUGGAUGAAGAUCAAGCUGCUGAAGUGGCAGGAAUGCCGGGAGUUGUAUCGGUUUUUCCCAAUACCAGAAGGAAACUUCACACCACUCAUUCUUGGGACUUCAUGGGCCUUGUCGACGACGAAACUAUGGAGAUCCCUGGUUUUUCCACCAAGAACCAAAUUAAUGUCGUCAUUGGUUUUAUCGACACAGGAAUUUGGCCGGAGUCCCCAAGUUUUAGCGACGUGGGAAUGCCUCCUGUUCCAGAAGGAUGGAAGGGAGAGUGCCAGCCCGGGGAAGCAUACAACAUUUCGACAUGUAACAGGAAAGUGAUUGGAGCAAGAUACUAUCUAAGCGGGUAUCAAGCCGAAGAAGCUGAGAAGAUUGUGUCUUAUAAGUCUGCUAGGGACAGUGUUGGCCAUGGGAGUCAUACAGCUUCGACUGCUGCUGGUCGUUAUGUCGACAACAUGAAUUACAACGGUUUGGCUGCUGGUGGUGCUAGAGGAGGAGCACCUAUGGCUAGGAUUGCCGUGUACAAAACAUGCUGGAGCUCUGCUUGCUACGAUGUCGACCUUCUGGCUGCAUUUGACGACGCCAUUCGAGACAGGGUGCAUAUUAUAUCGGUGUCUUUGGGUGGUGAUUCUCCGCAAGGCGAUUAUUUUAGCGAUGCCAUCUCCAUCGGAUCUUUCCAUGCCGUUAGCCGUGGAAUUGUUGUCGUUGCAUCUGUUGGAAAUGAAGGGACUUCUGGAUCGGCGACGAAUCUUGCUCCUUGGAUAAUAACUGUGGGAGCUAGCUCAACUGAUCGAGAUUUUACAUCCGACAUCAUUCUUGCAAAUCGAACACACAUUUCGGGUGAAAGUCUAAGUUCGUCGAAGAUGAAUGCUGCGGCUAGGAUCAUAUCCGCAUCCGAAGCAUAUGCAGGCUACUUUACGCCGUAUCAAUCCAGUUUCUGUCUCGAGAGUUCUCUGAAUAGCACAAAGGCUAAAGGUAAAGUUCUAGUUUGCCGGCAUGCUGGGAGCUCGAUGGAGUCGAAGCUUGCCAAAGGCGCAGUAGUUAAAGAAGCCGGCGGGGUUGGAAUGAUUCUCAUCGAUGAAGCAGACAGAGAUGUCGCCAUUCCUUUCGCGAUCCCAGCAGCUGUUGUUGGGAAAACGGUGGGCAAGAAAAUCUUAGCUUACGUGAAUUCUUCGAGAAAUCCCAUGUCGAGAAUUCUGUCUGCCAAGACAGUUUUAGGAUCGAGAGCUGCCCCUCGCGUGCCAUCGUUUUCUUCAAAAGGUCCCAACAUGUUGACGCCCGAAAUUCUUAAGCCAGACUUAAUAGCUCCCGGGCUGAAUAUCCUGGCGGCGUGGUCACCUGCAACCGCUAACCGGAAUUUCAACGUACUUUCGGGGACAUCCAUGGCAUGUCCUCACGUGACAGGGAUUGUCGCCUUGAUUAAGUCCGUGCACCCUUCCUGGUCCCCGUCGGCGAUCAAAUCCGCCAUGAUGACGACAGCUUCGACGCUGGACAAGCAGCGACAACCAAUCACAGCAGGUCCCGGCGCGCGAAAGGCAGACCCGUUCGACAUGGGCGCCGGGUUUGUGAACCCAAGGCAAGUCCUCGACCCCGGUCUAGUAUACGAUGCAACACCCGGAGACUACAUAGCGUUUCUGUGUUGGGUCGGGUACACAGACAAAUCUCUACGGCUGAUCACGAGAGACAACAGCACGUGCGAGCGAGCAUUGUCGACAGCAUCUGGACUCAACUACCCCUCCAUUACGGUCCCUAAUCUUAAAGAGUCGUUUACAGUCUCGCGGACGGUCACAAACGUGGGGAGGCCGCGGAGUGUGUACAGAGCAGCAGUUUUUCCUCCGCCGGGUGUUAAUGUUAGGGUCGUACCUAGAAGACUCGCCUUUGUUCGAUAUGGUCAGAAGAUGAACUUCACCGUAAUCUUGGAGGCGACUACAGCUGCUGCUGCGUUGAAGGGUGAGUAUGUUUUCGGGUCUUUGUCGUGGAGGAACAAGCAGGUGUGGGUGAGCAGUCCGUUGGUUGUCCGGAAAACGGUUUCGAGGAAGUCGGGAUUGCGGCGAUUGUAAGGGGUACAGACAGACAGUUUUGUGCUGUGCUUUGCUGCUGGAGAAGUGAGGAUAGAACAGCUGCUGUGCUGAUGUUAGUUUUCUCUUGGAUUUGAUGUUUUUUGUCACACAAGUUGUUACACAUAAGUUGUUGUUGUAGGUAUGUUGGUUGGUCCUUAGAACAGACAAAACGGAUUCAUGUAAUAUUAACUUCUUUGAGAAUCAAUUAUCAUAUACUCCCUCGUGUCA